AAUUAGGUUAUAUUUAACUGUCAAUCUGCUUCGAUUCAAAACUUAUGUUGUAAUUCGAAUGUGAAACAAUAAUCUUAAAUAAUGGAUAGAAGUUUUCAAAAUACCUCACUAACAAAGAGCCCUCUACUUACGCAAAGCCCCUUCAAUCGAACAGGGAAAAGAGGAGUUGCACCUUCACCAUUUAGAAAAUCUUCCCGCUGGAGUGUAUCCGGCAAAUCGACCCAGUCCGUUCAAGUCGUAUUCAAAACACACCAUAAUUCAGUAGAAAGAUUUGGACAACCCUUGCCAGUACUAAUCACCGAAACUUUAACCUUCGCUGAUCGAAAAACAGUGGUCUCUGCAGCAAUUUCCGAAUAUGGUUAUGCUUGGGUUGUUUGCGGAAGAAGAUUGUUGAUUUGGCAAUACAGGCAGAAUGUUCAAGGCCUGUCUGGUACACCACAACGAAAACAUGCAAUUUCAAACUUAUGUUUUGAGUUACAGUUGCCCCAAAGCGACUUGUCACAUAGAGCUGAAUUAGUUGCUGUGUUCUUAACUAGUGGCUCACAUGCCCCUUCAUGCAUAGCGGUUUCACCAGAAGGAUUAAUUAGAUAUUGGCCAUCAGUUUCACAUGAAGAUGUAUCUAUAGAGCAAACUAUAGACCUUCAAGGACAAGAAUGUGAUAGUCUAACUGAGGUGGAAGGUCUUGGUUGUAUUUUGGCAACUACUACUUGUUCUAUUGUUCUUGUUCAACCUCAACUAAUAGGAGGAAGACACACUUUAAACUGUCACUCACUGAAAGCUCCAACUGGUUGGCUAGGUGGUAUAAGCAAAAAAAUGUCCUCUUUCAUCUUUGGACCAAUAUCUUCAGAACAUUCAGCAGAAACUCGAUUAGUGAGGGUACAUAGCAUCUCAAAUCAAAAUGGUAGUUGGACAGUCUUCAUAUUAGCUGGCCACUCUUUACAAAAGUGGAAAAUCUCUCCCAGUGAACCCGAACAACUCAUUUAUAUGGUGGAAUUAAAUAAAUUAGUAAGAGAUCAUUAUCGAAGUGCUAUGGGUGAAAAUUGUGUUGGUGAAUUAGAUACAUGGAUCCUAGAUUUACAACAUGACAAAGAUAAUUUGAUUCUUUUGACUGCAGCAGUAAAUAUGCCAUAUUCUCCACAAAUUCAUUAUGCUCUUAUAAGCAUUCCAAUUAGUAAUUCCCAGCCCAAUAUAAUUCCAAAAGAAUUUAAAGUUUUGAAGAUAAUGGAAGUUUACAGAGAAGAUAAUCCUAGUGAAACAUUGUCUUACAAAUUCCUUUGGUGUAAUAAUUGCAUAUAUUUAUUCAAUCAGAAGAAAAUAAUUGUAUUGAAGUCUCCUGAAGAACAGGAUGUUUUGGAGUUCAACAGCCCUCAAGAUUUGAUUUUAGGAGGAUCGGUAUGUGUUAACACCCCUAUCUUUUUCUUGAAGAAUAAUGGUUUAGUGUCGGUAAUUGGAAGUGAUAUGAGUUCAGAUUUGAAUUUGAGUAUGGCAAAUGCAUCUUUGGAACAGUCUAUGAACGAAACAACAGGUGUUAACAAUCUCUCUGUUUAUCAUCUAGAUCCAAUGGAAAUAUACAACGCAUAUACAGAUACAUUAGGACAGAUGAAAGCAGCUUUUAUUUUCCAUAUAAAAAACCAGAUAAGUGCAUGUCAAGAUAUUGUAAAUGAACUGUUUCCGUCAGAGGCUGAAAUGAAUCCUUCUAUAGAUUCUGUGCUAGACAAAGUGGUUAUUUCACUAUGUAGAGACAUAAUAAAUGAUAAACCUGCUUGUGAUCCAAGAUGGACAAAUGAUGUGAAUCCAGGUAUUGGAAGUUCUUAUUCCAUGCAGAUUUCAACACAACUCCAAGAUAAACAUAAAGCACUUAAUUUGUUUUGCAAGUUUCUCCGAGAAACAAAUUUGUGGAAUCGGCUAGGUGCUCACACAUAUCGAGAUGGUACCCUUGCAACUGUUUAUAUUUUAGGCGAAUUUUCUGAGAAAGUUGUGGCUGCUAUACAGUUGAGAACCCUACCAACUGAUCAGAUAUUGGAAAAAGCUAUUGAUAAAGCAGUUGAGGGUGUAGAGAUAGAUUCUGAAUUUGGCUUGACAAAUCAGGAUGUUUUCUAUAGUAAUGUUAAUAGCAUUCAUAAAGGAAUUCAAGAAUUAGUAAAUGGUUGCAGUGAUAUCGUUCAUUCAGAUAUGAAUCCUGGUGAAAUUUCGUCAACGAUUUGCAAAACUAACACUAUUGUUUUGAAUGUUCUGAAAGAAGUUUUGCAAUAUAGGAAAAACAAUUCUGAAAUUUUCGCACCACAGGAAGCUGCCUUAUCCCUUGCUCCCGAUUAUUUGUUUUGGACUAGUGCAAAUGGAUCUGAAGGGCUUGCAGACUCUCUUUGGGACCAACAUAAUUUUACUUACAAUUAUGCAAUGAAGUAUACAAGUAAUAGGCAGCUUAGACAUGAUCUGAGUAAGCAACUUGUAUCUCUAAUAGAUAUUAUAUUGGAUGGUAGAAAAAACCAUGUCCACAGUAUAAGAAACACCCACCGCAGAGAUCUCAGCUACAAACAAUACUGCCUCGACAGGUACAAGUUGAUUCUUCCCUUAAUUGAAGAAAAAGAGUGGGAGAGCGCGACUCAACUGGCGGAGAAAUUCCUCGAUUUCGAUUGUUUAAUACGCAUUUGUGAAUUGACAGACAACCAACAGCGUUUAGACGAGUACAUGAACAGAUUCCAAAAUGAAGGAUUCACUGAACAUGUUUAUAAUUGGUAUUUGAAAGAAAAUAAACAAGCCAAAUUGAUCGAAAGGUGUAGAAAAUUGAACACGAGAAAUGCACAAAAAUUGGCUGGAUUCCUAGGCCAACAUCCUUCUUUAUUGUGGAUGCAACAGAUUUUUGAGAAACAGUUUGCUCUAGCUUCGUUAACGUUAUCUAACUUAUCAGAGAAAGAAACUGAUUCGUUAACAAAACAGAAAACAAUGUACAGCUUAGCAAAGUUAGCUAAAUUGGCUGCUCCAAUCGCAAGAGAUACAGACAGUUUCUUGGAAAAGGUGAAUGGUCAUCUAGAACUUAUAUCCUACCAAGAAGAUAUUCCAGAUUAUGUAUUACAAAAUUUUGGUUACAAUACUGCAGACCCACAAGUACUGUCGCCAAAAGAAAUUAUCAACCUUUAUAUUUGUACAGAAUAUGCUGAUUCUUCCGAGUUAGAAUUUAAGAAAGCUCUUGAUGUCUUGAAGUACAUAGAUUCUACAGAAGAAAGGGAAGAGAUGUAUCUGAGAAUAUGGCGUCAUGCUCUAUUGAAGGAUAGUUGGCAGUACAGUAAUUUGGACUCCCCAAUGGAUAUUUUGCAGAAUACCUUAAUUUUCAAAACUGUUGAUAUAGCCAUUUCUAUGGGCACUGAUGCUGAUCUGCUGAUACCUCCUGUCGAAAUAUUAUUAGAUGAUGAAUCAGUCGAUCACUUGAGAGAAAACAAGGCAUGCGUUUAUUUAUUGAAAGCAGGAUAUGAACAUAUUCAAAGAAUUUUGUCCUGUUGACUUUUAAAAAAUUAUUUGUCCAAUGUAAAAUAUGCAGUAAAUCUUUUUUAAUUUUGAA